AUAAAUUGUCAUUUCUGUCAAAUGGCAUAAUAAUAUAAACAAUAAUAAGAUUUUUUCUUUAUUUAUUAACACACAAAACAAUACUUGAACAAGGGAAGAGUUACAUUGAUAAAAAUGCUCUCAUCAAUGGUAAAAGAGCAUCAUGCAAAACAAAGUGUAAAAAAGGAAAUUCAAGAAAGCAAACGAAAGGAGGCUUGUGCGGCUGCCAGCGACAUGACCCAGGCUUUAGUCGAUCACUUAAAUGUAGGAGUGGCUCAGGCCUACUUAAAUCAGAAGAAGUUGGACGCUGAGGCGAAACAGCUUCACACUAGCGCCUUGGCUUUCUCCAAGCAAACGCAACAGUGGCUCACCUUGGUCGAGUCCUUCAGCAGUGCUCUUAAAGAGCUAGGAGACGUUGAAAAUUGGGCGAAAGCCAUUGAGGGCGAUGUAAGAACGAUUACAACCGCUCUGGAAAUUGUGUACAAAGGCUCUCAAGAUCAGAGCAGUAGUAGUAGUCAGUGAUUCGGUUCCCAAUGGAUUUGUGUUAUUUUUUCAUAAAGUUUAAUUUAUUUUUA